CCCAUUUUAAUGCUCAACUUUAUUAUAGUGUAUAUAUAUAUUUGAAAAUAAGGUUUUCAUAAUUCAAAAGUUUAUAAAACAAAUUCAAACAAUCAUGCAUUGCUAUGAAUAUCCAAAUGAGCUUCAGCUCCAGUGUACAAAAUCUCCUUGUUCUUCUCUAGAUAAUUAUUCUGACAAAUUUCCUCUAUCCUCCAAGGAAUUCAUAUCAGAGGUUACCUCCAGGAUCACAGGCCAUCAUCAAGUUGUUACACUGCAAGCCGAUUCGAUGAACGGUCAUAUUAAAUCGAUUUCUGAUAAUCAACAAGAGAUUGAACCCUUUUAUGUUCUUGAUCUCGGGGUUGCGGUACGACUCCUCGAUAAAUGGAACCAAAACCUGCCAACUGUCAAGCCUUUUUAUGCUGUUAAGUGCAAUCCUGAUCCUGCAUUGCUCUUUCUUCUUGCAACUCUCGGUACGAACUUUGAUUGUGCUAGUCAAGCUGAGAUCGAAACCGUUCUUGGCCUCGGUGUCAAUCCUGACCGAAUUGUUUAUGCCAAUCCGUGCAAGAUGGUUUCUCAUAUCAAGUAUGCAGCCUGUGUUGGAGUGAAUCUGACAACUUUUGAUUCCAAAGACGAGGUUGAUAAGAUGAAAAAAUGGCACCCGAAAUGUGAAUUGCUGCUUCGUAUCAAAGUUAAUGACGAGAGUUCAUGGCGUUCAAUGGGUAACAAAUUUGGCGCCUCUCUUGAUGAGGUGGUGCCGCUGCUGCAACAUGCUUACCAGGCUGGCCUGAAAGUGGUCGGAGUCUCAUUCCAUGUUGGCUCGAGAGCAACCGAGGCGAAAGUCUACCGUGAUGCAAUUUCUGCAGCAAAGUAUGUAUUUGAUGCAGCUUCUAAACUAGAAAUGCCUCAACUGCAUAUUCUUAACAUUGGUGGCGGAUUCAAAGACAGUCCGUUAUUUGAUGAGAUAGGAAGAACCAUUAAUGAUUCCAUCACAGAAUAUUUUCCAAAUCAAUCAUCAUCGCUAAGAGUGAUUGCCGAGCCUGGAAGAUUCUUUGCAGAAACUGCAUUUACAAUGGUAACUAAUGUUAUUGGGAAAAGGGUAAGAGAGCAGCAAACUCAGUACUGGAUCGAUGAUGGGAAUCACGGAUCGUUUAACCUCGGAGCAUAUGAUCGUUCAUCUAUGAUGUUCAAGCCGCUACUGAGAAAUGAAGAUGGUGAAGCUCAGUCGUCGACUAUAUUCGGACCAACUUGCGAUCCAACAGACGUCGUCGUUAGUGAGUGCAAGUUGCCUGAGCUGAAAGUUGAUGAUCUGAUUGUGUUCUAUAAUAUGGGUGCAUACACCACAUCUGCUGCAAGCAAGUUCAAUGGACUUAGCAGAUUUGAAAUGCCCACUUACCUUGUAUAUUCAACUCCAAACUGAAGCAAGGAGAGAAUGGUCAUUUAAAUGUGCAUGAAUUAGGUAGAAAAUCGAUUUGAUUAGAUAUCAAAUCUUGAUCAAUAAAAUAAAUGUAUAUAAAUCCGAAUCAGUAAUUUUAUUUCAAAAUCAGCCUUCAAUAAAUAAAAAUGACUUGCAUGAUUCA